AUGGCACAAUCACGCUCGCCGUCGCCGUCGCCAUCGCUCUCCUCGCAGUACCCUCCUCCUCUUCAUUCUCCUUCCGAUCGUCUGCGCACGCUGUCGCGAUCUCCACAUCCAUACCAUCGCAUCGGAUCGAGGCUGGCAGAGCUACCACAAAACCAGAAUCCCUCGCUGGAAAGCACAAGCACAAGCACAAGCACGCGAAACAGUCGGCGAGCGCGCACGUCGAGCGAUAGCGGCACCGAAGCGGACGAUGAGAGCACCGGACUCCUAAAAGGUCUGCCAGCACCCCCCGUCAGGUCGCGCAAGGGACUGCGCAAUGGAAUCGAUCGCGAUGAGCCAGACGAUAAUCAUCGACUGGGCUGGUCGUUGUUUGUGACAUCGGCUCCUGCUGCUACAAAGCGCAGUUCGAGUGAAGAGUCAACCCGCAUCUCGGCGUCGGCGCGACAGGUCAUUGCGCUCAGGAAACGCAAUGAGAUUCUGCGCAGGUUGACUGAGACUGCGCUUUUGGUUUCUGUCGGUGGGAUUGUUGUGCUUCGUGACGAUGUGCGCUCGCAUGCGUACUCGUGGCAUCGAGAAAUAUGCAUUCAUAUAUCCCUUGUUGUUACGCUUUAUGCUCUUUAUCCCCUUCGCAUAUCGUUCUGGCGCCGGAAACCUCGCGUGACUUUCUCGUUUUGCAUACCCUCGACCUUCGACCCAGCGCCGUUAUUAUACCCUGUUCUGAUACCUGUUUUUGUGGCCCUGUCGGCCAGCCUGCACCGCCCAGCGCUACUUCUCCCCAACAUCAUCCUCGGCCUCUCGUCGAUUCCGUCGCAGGUUAUUCCUUUUUAUAAAUUGCAUCACGGUCUUCGCGUCUGCCACUGGGCAGUCGCCUGCAUUCCCGUUCUUCUUUCAGAGCAUCAUGGUGGCAUGCCACUGUCUCUGCGAGAGCUGGACUCGGAGUUACUGCUUUUGCUAUUCCCUCUCCACCAAGCGUUGAUACCCACUCUGCACUUUCUUCUAACCACUAGUCUCCUGCCGACCGAGCUUCAACUGCUGGGAACUGGACUGAUUAAUCUGUUUUUAUUUGCGGACUCGCCGCAAGCCGAGAUUCUCAAGGCGCUCCUAUGGCUGGGCGGGCUGAGCGUCUGGGUGCUUUGCCGCACCGUUCUUCGCUGGGAAAUCACCCUGGCGCGCAUCCCUUCUUGGAAGUUUCGACGACCGCCGAAUAGUUCCCUGUCGCCGAAGAAGCUGAUCAAUUUCCUCGACCACAAGCUCUGCGAGAAGAUUGGCGGGCUUGGUAUGAAUAAUAGUGAGGAUCCGGACACGGAUAGCGACGAUGCUGAUACUGCCUUGGUAUCGACCACAAGGCGCCAGAGGAGCUUUCCUUCGUGGCAGGACAGCUUUUUUUCGCGGCGCGAUGUUUCGUCGUCUGCCACUGAAGGCGGUGGCGGCAUCAAACUGGACGAUCUGUGGCCGACAUCGUGGGCAAGCACGAAACAACUUCUCGUCUCGCAUAGAAGACGACACACGCUGGACACCAUUGACGCAGUCCGGCCCAAGCGGCCGCGAAUGACGCCCGGCGGACGACGCAAACGGUCAAUGACGCCGGACCUUGCCUCCUUUCUGUCGUUGACUGCAGCACAGGCGCGUGUUCGGCGGUGGCUCUAUGCCGGGUACAUUUUUGGUGCUGUUUUGUUGAUUGUACUGGGCCCUAUCCGGAAAUACAUUGCAGACAAAGCCUUGUAUGGAAGUGACCCCUUUGGCUGGGCACUUGGAUAUUUGUUUGGCAACAUCCCGUCCUUUCGACUGUGGACGGUGAUGUGGAAUCUCGAGCAUUGGAUCCAGCUGCCCGUCCGACGUGAGGAGCCGUAUUGCCAUGCUGGCUGGAUGGAACACAUCCGCCACGACACCUUUGGAGAAGCCAGCACGCGCCUGCUGAUCAGCGGGUAUUGUGCUGUUGUGUUGUUGGUGGGCAUGGCCGUGGUACUGCAGCUCAGCAGGGUGGCCGAGGUGGACACACGGCGCAAGGUGUUCCACGGCAUGAUGGUGCUGAUGUUCCUCCCCGUCACAUACAUCGACCCAGCCUUUGCAGGGCUGGCGCUGGCCCUGGUACUCUCGGUCUUUUUACUGCUGGACCUGUUCCGGGCAUCACAAGUCCCGCCCGUCGCGAAACCGCUCACGUAUUUCCUGGCGCCGUACACUGACGGCCGCGACCACCGUGGCCCUGUUAUUGUCUCGCACAUUUUCUUGCUCAUCGGAUGCGCCAUCCCGCUCUGGCUCUCACUCACAGACACACCGCGCACGGGAGACCAUCCCUGGCGCGGAUGGGACGUGGCAUCUCGCGACACCAGCAUGGUUAGCGGCAUAAUAUGCGUGGGCAUGGGCGACGCCGCCGCGUCUCUAGUCGGCCGCCGCUUCGGCCGUCUGAAAUGGGUCUGGGGCGGCGGGAAAUCGCUAGAAGGCAGUUUGGCCUUUUCAGUUGCUGUCUUUGCUGGCUUGAUGAUGGCGCGCAUCUGGCUGAGUGCCGGUGGCUGGUAUAUGUCGCCGCCGACGACGACGACGUCGUGGCUGCUUGUCGCGGUCAAGUGUGCGUUUGCGGCUGGUGGUGCCAGUCUGACUGAGGCGGUUUUGACAGGGGGUAAUGAUAAUGUGAUUGUUCCGGUGGUGCUGUGGCUGCUUUCUCGCGGACUGGAGAUUUGA